AUGGGGAAGCCGGCGAGGAAAGGAUGCGACUGGAAGCGCUUCCUGAGGAAUAACUGGCUGCUGCUCUCCACCGUGGUCGCGGUGGUGCUAGGGAUUGUUAUAGGAGUCUUGGUUCGAGAAUACAGCAAGCUAUCUAACCUGGAGAAAUUCUACUUUUCCUUUCCUGGAGAAAUUCUGAUGAGAAUGCUGAAACUCGUCAUUUUACCAUUAAUUGUAUCCAGCAUGAUUACAGGUGUUGCUACACUGGAUUCCAACAUAUCUGGAAAAAUUGGUCUGCGUGCUGUGGUUUAUUAUUUCUGUACCACUCUCAUUGCCGUAGUUUUAGGUAUCGUGCUGGUGGUGAGCAUCAAGCCUGGUGUCACCCAGAAAGUGAAUGAAAUUGACAGGACAGGGAACACCCCUGAAGUCAGCACAGUGGAUGCCAUGUUAGACCUGAUCAGGAAUAUGUUCCCUGAGAACCUUGUCCAAGCCUGUUUUCAGCAGUACAAAACCACACGUGAAGAAGUGAAGCUUUCUGAGGAGCCAGGGACAAACAGCACCGAAGCGUCUGUCACAGCCAUCAUGACAACUGCCAUUUCCAAGAACAAAACAAAGGAAUAUAAAGUCGUAGGCAUGUAUUCAGAUGGCAUAAAUGUCCUGGGCUUGAUCGUCUUUUGCCUCGUCUUUGGAAUUGUCAUUGGAAAAAUGGGAGAAAGGGGACAGAUUCUGGUGGAUUUCUUCAAUGCUCUGAGUGAUGCAACCAUGAAAAUCGUUCAGAUCAUUAUGUGCUACAUGCCAAUUGGUAUCUUGUUCCUGAUUGCUGGGAAGAUCAUAGAAGUUGAAGACUGGGAAAUAUUCCGCAAACUGGGCCUUUACAUGGCCACCGUCCUGAGUGGGCUUGCAAUCCACUCCAUUUUAAUUCUCCCACUGAUAUAUUUCAUAAUUGUACGAAAGAACCCUUUCCAGUUCGCCAUGGGAAUGGCCCAGGCUCUUCUGACAGCUCUCAUGAUCUCCUCCAGUUCAGCAACACUGCCUGUCACUUUCCGCUGUGCUGAAGAGAAGAACCGGGUGGACAAGAGGAUCACUAGAUUUGUGUUACCCGUCGGUGCUACAAUCAACAUGGAUGGGACCGCACUCUAUGAAGCAGUGGCGGCCGUGUUUAUUGCGCAGUUGAAUGAUUUGGACUUGAGCGUUGGGCAGAUCAUCACUAUCAGUGUCACUGCCACCGCCGCCAGCAUCGGAGCUGCCGGUGUGCCCCAGGCCGGCCUGGUGACCAUGGUGAUUGUGCUGAGUGCUGUUGGCCUGCCCGCGGAGGAUGUCACCCUCAUCAUCGCUGUUGACUGGCUCCUGGACCGGUUCAGGACCAUGGUAAAUGUCCUUGGAGAUGCCUUUGGGACUGGCAUCGUGGAGAAGCUCUCCAAGAAGGAGUUGGAGCAGAUGGAUGUUUCAUCGGAGGUCAACAUUGUGAACCCUUUCACCUUGGAAUCCACAACACUUGACAACGAGGACUCAGACACCAAGAAGUCCUACGUCAAUGGAGGCUUUGCUGUCGACAAGUCCGAUACCAUCUCAUUCACCCAGACCUCACAGUUCUAG